GAGAAUUCUGGGUAACAUUAGACAUGGCGGACGGAAGUGAAAUUUCUGUCUUGGAAGCCCGGCUUCAGCGUCUUGAGGAGGCCGUCUACGGCGAAGAAAGUGACCAGCGGCCUGAACCUGCAGUGGAGAGUCUCGCUAAUUUCCAGAGUCAUGUCGGUAGCUCUUUGGAAGGGUACGAUCGCAUCAAACAAGCGUGGAGAAAGCUGGAAGAUAUCGAGAAAUAUUUGGACCCCGCCUUCGUUGACCGCCUGACUCUGCCUGACACUGCGAAAGCAGAGGUAGUUCUGUCAGCAGAGAAGGACAUAAAGGCUCUAGCGGCACAGCUGGAAGAACUGCAGAAGAUGAAGGAAGUCUUUGACAGCGAGCACAUCAGAGCGACAGCAAACUACACGUCCCAGCUCCACAGUUUGGCACAGGUCCACAUUGAGCAGCAGGAACAGGCAGAGGUCCUGACUGAUGACGUCAGAAGACUGCUGACUGAGUACAACCGGCUGGUCGACCUCAUGUCCAAGCAGUUUGUACUCUGGGAUGAAACACUCACCAAAUAUGAAACAGCCAAUCUACCCAAGAAAUCAGGAGCAUACUAAAUGUUUUAGUGUUGCCACUCAUAGAUACUAGUAAAGAAUUGAUGUGGAAGUAAAAAAAAAUACUUGUUACUCUCUCUCAGUGUUAUUAGUCAGUCUUGGUACAUGUACUUGUAAUUUGUAUAAUGCAAGGUAAAUGCACUGCUACAAAUGCACUACAUUGUACUAGACAAGGAUUGUCAACUGAAAGUACUGUUGUAUUGAACUUUUCCAUCGACAUAUGGAUCAUUCAUAUAGAUAUGUAUACUGAUUAUACAUUUAUGUACUUUUGUGUCAUAGUUUGCCUUAUGAUUGAGAGGAAGCACAUGUAAUCAAGUAAUCUAGUGCUUGUGUAUGUACUUGGUGGACCAAGUAGAUACUAGUAUUCCGGUAUGUAUCUUGGGCACCAUUUUCUGGUGAAAGGUCAUCACCUAACAUGUUAUCCCUGCAGCUUUAUAUAUUGUAGUACUUUGUCUUGCUUCAAUAGUGAUGUAGGAGAUUACAGGGAAGGAACUAAUAAAGAUAAAGGUUUAAGUUUUGUUUUUCUAAAUAAACCUAAUUUGAAGAUCAUGCAGUACUCGACUAAUAUAUUUCAGUUCAUGUUUUCUUUAGACUAACCUUUACUGAAGUAGUAGAUAUGCUGUAAAGCAUUGUUUGUUCAGGAGAGAUUAGAUCAGUAACGUUACUUGCAUGUAGGAUU